CAGUAUCGCUUAAACCGGCAGAGUCGUCAAACGCGCUAAUCAUGAACGCUCUCCCGGGCAAAUGGUUUAUCCUUAUUCUCGUUUCGUUGUUUAACAUAAUCUUGGAAAAUGUAGCUGCGUACGAACCUCCGGUUCCCACCGUGGAACCGCUCUUUCCGAAAGGAUUACGAAUCUUCAUUCCGCACGAGGAUGGAAUCACCUUGGUCGCCUUCCACGUGAAAUUCAACGAAGAUUUCCAAGGUCUCGAGGCAGGGACCAUUGCUAGAGAUAUCGUAAAAGUCCGAGGUGGACGUUGGCUGUACGAAGAUCGAAGCACCAGGCUCAAGCAUAAUGAUAUAAUUUAUUAUUGGAUUCAUGUGAUCUACAACGGGCUUGGUUACAAUUUAAUUGAUCAGCAACACGUGGUCAAUGAAUUUUACCAUUACGAUGGAAUGCUCGUGAACAGGAACACCUCCCCUAGCGAUGGCUGCAAAGUACACUCGCAGACGAAAGUAUUCUCUUACGACGAAACAAGUAACAAUUUCACGCCACGCAGCGUCUGCUCCGGCGAAGUAAUUUUCGAAGAAAAUUUCAAUUCGUUUAACGCGAGUCGAUGGAUGGUUGUCGAGCGUUUUCCAGAUGCUCCGAACGAUGAAUUUGUCAUGUACAUGAACAAUGAAGAGAUCGUUGAAGUUAAAGAUGGUGCCUUGCAUAUCACACCUGUUCUUACCGAUAAUAAAUAUGGGCAAGGAUUCGUACGUAGUGGGAACCUGGUCCUAGAUAAAUGUACAGGCGAAAUGGGUACCUCGGAAUGCAGACGAAGCGCGGUUGGCCCGCAGAUUUUACCGCCUGUAAUAUCAGGACGUUUGAAUACCAAACCAUCCUUCAAUUUCAAGUAUGGAAAUGUUAAAAUACGUGCGAAAUUCCCGCGCGGUGACUGGCUGUAUCCUCUGUUGACUUUAGAGAACGCGAACUCUCUUAAUGUAAAUAGGUCAUCCUAUUCUGUCGUCCUAAUCGGUCAUUCGUUUGGCAAUCCUAUGCUCAGAUCGCACGAUGGAAUAGACAUAAGUGGACACGUCCUUAUAGGAGGAGCAUUCGAGACUAAUCUGAAUCAGAUUAUUCAUCACAAUACUCGAUUUAAUCUUCCUCUGAGAACUUCCAGCAAACUGUGGUCCGAGGAAUACCACGUGUACGAGCUGGAAUGGAAAAGUGGUAUUAUAUCGGUUAAAGUCGACGGGGAACGAUACGGGGAACAAAGUGUGCCGCCAUUGUACGAUACACCGGUUUAUCUUAACGUGGCUCUAGCUGUCGGUGGCCACGUCCUCUUUCCAGACGCGUCUGUAAGUGGCGACUACGAAAAACCUUGGAGGAACGUAGCUUCGAAGGCAUUGUACAAUUUCUACCUCGCGAAAAACAAUUGGCUCAAUACGUGGAGGUACAGCAGCGUUGGUCUUCAUGUAGAUUAUAUCAAAGUAACAGCGAUCUAAUGGUCAAAACUAAUUUGCCUGACUCAGAAAUCUUCGAAGACAAAUGCAUUAGUUCAUUUGUACCAGGGGUGGGGAGCCUUUUAGAAUCGAAAGACCGCAUAUCGCCUCGCGGAUUCAUCAUGGCGCUAAGUUUCGUUUGAUCGAAAUUUUUAAAAAUCUUUUGACAUAAGUUAAUACCUUUUUAGGUACUCGUAAAUGGACGAAAUCUUAUUAAAUCCAUGUACUAUCGACUGACGCUGUGGUUAGUUAUCGAAUUAUUCUGUAUUCGGCAAAAUAUAAAUUCAGUAUUUGACUAGUCAAAUAUUUCGUGCACUGAUCAAGAAUCUGGAUCUAUUAUUUGACUAGUAUGACAUGGACUUCAGUUAAUUCAGUUAGUAAAUUGAUCGAGUAGUUCCAGUUCUAUCGUGAACGAAUUAUCUACACAUAUUGUAAAUACAUAUUAUAGUUAACGAAAUAUGCAAAAAGCCGCAGGCUCCCCAUGCCUGAUCUAUGAUGUAUCAUUUCUAUCAUUUCCUUCUUCCCUGACCAUUGUAUGUAUAUAAGAAAUUUUAUCAUUACAUUUUACACUGAAUUUAAACAAUAUUUCUACGUAUGUCUAAAUAUUAAAAUUUGCUUUUAGGAUUUGAUGUUUUUCAAUUUGUGUUAUUUAACUGAUAUUUAAGUUAGUAGCAUUUUGCAUUAAAAAAACGUUGUGAUCAAACGAAAACGGAUCAAAAGUUUUUACGAAGCAUCGUAAAAUCAAUUACUGUGCCUUUGAAAUACUCAGAAUCGUAUCAAUAAUCAUUCUUGUAAGCUGAACGUAUGUGUAAUGUUAUAUGUUCGCAAAUUUUAAUGUACAUGGUAGGGCAGAAACUCUGUCUACCUGAAAUAUUUCUGUUGUUCUUUAGAUACAAAUAUAGCACGAUGUAAGUAGUAUAGUAACGUUAAUUUCGUUUAGAUGGAGAUGCAUGGGAGGUCUUAAUUUUUUUAAAUUAAAAUCUCGUGUUUCGUUAUCCUUUCGCGUAUUAAAGUUCUUAGCAUCUCUUUUGUACACGAUCUUAACGGUAUAAAAUAACAAAAAAAAAUGCUUAUUGUUCAUGUUUAAAUUUUGUAUAAUUUUUCAUGUAAUUUACAUAAAAUUUUGUGCUUAUACAUACAUGAAAAUUUCUUAUUCUCAUGGUUGGUAAAACUCUCUCAAAGUCUGAUGAAAUAUUUUAAGAACGUGUUACAUUCCGUGUAUUUCGACUUUACUACAGUUUUGACAUGUAAUAUGAGCAUGAAUGCACUAGAAAAAUUUGGAUUAUACAGGGUCAACGAAGUAAGACACUACGAGUAUAUACAAUAAUACGAAACUGAUAACAUGUUACACAUGUGUUAUAUAGAAAUUGAAAUAUGUAAUAAUUGUAUUGUACAAAUUGUAAAUUUUAUUGUACGUGAAGGCUGGAUGUCUAAUUACAAAAUCCAGAAAAUAGUGACCCCGCUUACAUUUUCAUAUGUACUCGAUAUUACAUAUUUCUCACUUCUUGUGUUCUCCCUCGCAUUCUAUCCUUCGUAUGGUGUUUUCUAUCUUUAAAAUUUGAGAAAUCGUCACCCGCAAUAAUAAGUUCAAAUUUAUUGUUUGCCACGUCAAACAUGCGCGGAUAAGCGCUAGGCACUUAUAGAUAAAUAUAAAGAAGAUAUAUACAUUUUUUUUUUUUUUUUUUCACACGAUAGGAUGUCGAAUUUAAUUGAACAGCGCAGUUUGUAGGACGGACGACAUUGUUCUGAUAACGUAAAAUAAAUAAUGUUAUAAUACUUGCAUUUUGCACCUUUCUUUAAUAAAUAAACUGUUAUAAGAUAUAAAUGUGCAUGUAUGAACUUAACGAUUAUACGUUAACUUUUUGUGAUUUAUUAAUUUUAUUUACUCCCAAAUUCAAUAUUCAAUUGAAAAUACAUUGAUAGCUUAUGUUGUAAAAAUAAUAAAGAAAACAUUACUUUUUUUCGAAACGUGUCACUAAUUCAAACCCUAAUUGGACAUACGCUAAGUAUUAUACAAUACAUACUAGUAUCCAUUUCGAAUACCUCAACAAAAAAUAUAACUAUGAAAUUUCUAAUUUUAGCUUCUAAAAAUUACGCUAUCUAAAAUGAACAUAAAUUUAUGAAUCAAUAAAAGAUAUGUAAAAUGGUACAAGCAUACAAAAUUGUCGUUAUCAAACGGUUGAAACUGUACGAACAAAAUCGUCUUGGCAGAGACGAUUUUUUCUCUUUUUUUUUUAAAUGAACGUGUUGACCAAAUUCUAUUGACGAUGUUUAAACAUUCAUACUGGGAAGAUUUUUCUUGAAUUUGUAUUUUCCAAAAUUCAACAGGUACAGUAGCAUUCUAAUAUUUGUUUCUGUUACAUUUUUUUUUUUGUAAUAAAAGCUCGAAAAUAAAACGGCACACAUGCAACAUGAAACGACACAAAUUUUAACAAAAUCGUAAUUUUUCACAGACUUUGAUUACUUCACUUAAAAAUUGUUUCAACGUUUUUUGAAACUAUACAGCUGACAUCGCGUCUCUAUUACGAUCAGCCCCAUUCGAGA